AUGGAAGCAAUCAAAGAUGAGAAAUUUGACAAAGAAGAGAAAAUGUUCAAGAAUAUUGAAAAAGCUGUGCGCCAGUUAACAAAGAAUGUCAGUGAUCUCCUCCAGGCUUUGGAAGGAAUUUCCACAGCAGCUCAAAAUGACCAGCAGCUUCAAAGCAUGCUGCUAGAUCCUGACAAAUGCGAGAGUGAAUGUCCUUUGGAUACAAAGAAUGGUAGCAAUCCAUAUCUACAUUUUAAAAACAAGCUGGAGCAUCUGGUUUUAAAACCCCUGUCAACGCUGCAGUCCAUGUUUGUAGCCCCUCAGAAGCUAAUUCAAAAGCGCUAUGACAAACUGCUUGACUAUGACAGCAGCCGAGAGCGGUCCUCUGAUGAACUGGAGCUAGCCCGCCGAGACUAUGAGGCACUUAAUGCUCAGCUUGUAGAGGGGCUGCAGGUGUUUAACCCGGCCUCCAAAAAAAUAUUAACCAACUGUAUUUAUUUCAUCGUUGCCCUCUUCCAGGAUCUCAUGAAUUCCACACAUCGGAAAUUUCCUUCAAUACAACAUUUGUCAGUAAGUAUUACGUUAAUGAAAUUCAUGCUGUGUAACAUCUGUUUGCUCUUCCAUAGGGCUUGUCAAAAUCUAAAGGCUGACAGUCCCAGUUGCACCCUAGGGGUCAGUGUCAUAGCAAUUCUAAUCUCGAGUGCCUUCCAUUACUUCAAGUCUUUUUAUUUUGCGCCCUUAUCAAACAUCUCUGAAGUACAAAACAGCAUUAUGGAAGAACUUAAUAACCUGCUAUUUGUGAAGGAAAAUGCUCCAAAGUUAAUUGAGCGGAAGCUGAGUUUUGAUAAACCUAAAAGACCUGCGCCGGAGUCACCAAGACAGUCGGAGGCCCAACGGGUGAAGGUGCUAUCCACUUACCCCCUGGACAAAGUGCACCAGCUCAAACGCAAUUGCAACGCUACGCAGGAGAGGGACUUGAGUCUGUUCGAGGGAGAGCUGGUGGCAGUGAUAGAGCAGCAGGAUCCCCUGGGGAGUACAAGCAGAUGGCUCGUUGAUACUGGCAGUGAAAAAAGGCUAUGUCUACUCCUCAUUCCUAAAGCGUAUAAUCCCAUAAAGGAGCAGAAACGGAAAUCCACAGGACAGAGAGGUGGACUUUGAUGAUGUUAGCAUUUUCGUCAAUGCAGCAAAAGGAACAGUAUGAAAAGCUUAAAUAGUUUUUCCUCAAUCAAUGAUAUACAAGACUGGACUGAGACAGAUGACAAUGGACAGCUCUGGCAACACAGACGAUCAACAGGUAAUGAAGAGAUUUUCUAUGCUGUCUACCCCUUUCAAGCUCGGUGUGAACAGGAGCUCAGUCUGCUGGAGUACCAACGAGUGCGGAUACUUAAGUUUUGUGAUGCAAGCGGCAAUCGAGAAUGGUGGCUGGCAGAAGCCAAUGAACAGAAGGGCUAUGUCCCCGCAAACUACCUUGGCAAGAUGUCCUACGCAUGACAUUUUGUCCAGGGACUGGAUUGUCAUACUGCUUAUACUUGAAAUUUCAUUUGUCAGAAGAGAUGUCUGCUGUACAGCGCGCGCACUUGUCUGUCAACUGCAGUGUUUUCGGGAUUCCAUUUCCUCCUAUGUUGCACUUCUGCUGAUGUGUUUGUGAAGACGGUGAUAGAAAUGACCUUCACUUUGAUUAAGGCAGCUAAUAGUUCACUCACAUACAGAGCCAAAUCUAUGAAGUAAUUGAGAGAAUAUGAUUUUUUUUGUUUAACUUAAUAAAGAUUUACUAAUAUAUUCCAGAAACGUGUACAGUCUCGCA